CGGUUUUUCUCAGAGAUUGUCAAAAGGCAUGGAGUCAGACGUUCGUAGGCUGGGUUGCUGGUGCUGCCUGUGGCACUGCUGAAGGACUCUCCUGUGACAAAACUGGCAUGAUUACCGAGAUAAUUUUGAACUCAUGGUCUCUCAGUGGAUCUAUUCCUGAUAGCAUCUCAUCACUCACUUCUCUUGUAACUCUAGACAUGGGAACCUGUGGGAUCAAUGGUUCUAUUCCAGCUGGGAUUGGAAACCUUACUUCAUUGGAGUACCUAGAUCUGUGGGGCAACCAGCUCUCUGGGACUAUUCCAGCUGAAAUUGGAGAUCUCCUUAAGUUGUCCGUGCUUAAUCUUCAAGAAAAUGCAUUGAGCGGCUCCAUUCCAGACACCCUCAAUCUUCUCACUAACCUAGCUACUCUAAGUCUCUCAAACAACGCUUUGAAGGGCUCCAUUCCCUACGGCAUCACCUCGCUUACUCAUCUCUGUUAUCUGGAUGUAGAUUCGAAUAACUUGAGUGGAACCAUUCCGCCCUCGCUAGGGGCCUUACUCAAGUUGCAGUACCUGUUUCUCUCGAACAAUGCUUUGACGGGCUCCAUUCCCAACAGCAUCUCCUCGCUUACAUCUCUCACUUAUCUAUAUCUCUCGAACAACAGUUUGACGGGUUCCAUUCCCAACAGCAUCUCCUCGCUUUCUUAUCUCAGUUAUCUGCUUCUCUCGUACAACGCUUUGACGGGCUCCAUUCCCAACAUCAUCUCCUCACUUGCUGAGCUCGUUUAUCUGGAUGUAGAUUCGAAUAACUUGAGUGGAACCAUUCCGCCCUCUCUAGGGGCUUUACUCAAGUUGCAGCACUUCAACGUCACUGGCACAAACCUCACGUGCCCACCUGACAACACUGACUGUGGCACAACACAGGAUCCGACCACAGCCUUUUGCCAGAAGUGUAAAUCCUUUUGCAAGACUUGUCGCAAACCUGCAGUCCCGAUCACAAAGAACAGCAGCGGCAACAGCAGUAGCAACAGCAGCAGCAGCAGCAGCAACAACAGCAGCAACAGCAACAACAGUGGCAUCAACAACAUCAAGAGCAACAGCAGCAGCAGCAGCGAGUCUACUUCACCAGCAGCAUCUGGAGGUGGAGGUGGGCUGUCAGUGGGAGUCAUCAUUGGCAUUGCUGUAGCCGCUGUGGUCAUUCUCCUGCUUCUGGGCGCCUCUCUGCUCUACUUGAGGCACCACAAGCAGCAGCAGCAGCAGCAGCAGCAGAAGCCAAAAGACCUGGGGUGCAGCCUGGCAGCGUCCCAUUGCACCGAGUACUCACUGGAGGAGGUCCUCACGGCCACCAAUGACUGGUCCCAGGACCACCAGCUGGGCUCGGGUGCCUUUGGCGAUGUGUACAAGGGCGUCUCUCCCCGCGAUGGCACCACCGUGUGGACUGUGAAGCGCGCCAAGCUCAUAGACGUAGACUUCCAGAAGGAGAUCAAGCAGAUGGCCGACAAGAACCACCCCAACAUUGUGAGACUUCUUGGGUUUGCAAUCGGAGGAGACCUGAGGACUCGGCCAGAGCAAGUUCUCAUCUAUGAAUACGUGCCCAAUGGCGACCUUCACAAAUGGAUUGAUUCAAAGGCAGAAUGCCCUCUGACUCUGAAGCAGCGGCUGGAUAUUCUCAUUGGCAUGGCACGGGGCUUCGAGUACCUCCAUGGCUUUGGUAUCGUGCACCGCGACAUCAAGCCUGCUAACGUCCUCAUCACCGACAACAUGCAGGCCAAGAUUGCAGACUUUGGGCUGGUGAGGAUGGGAGAGGGCACAACCGUGGGUACGACUCGCAUCAUGGGCACACCGGGCUAUGUGGAUCCUGUCUACUCCCGAACGUCCAAGGCGACUGCAGCCAGCGAUGUGUACAGCUUUGGAGUUCUCAUGUUGGUGGUGCUCACCGGACAGGCCCCUCUCUCCGAGACUGCCGGCAAGAGCCAGCAAAUCACCCCAUGGGCAUCCGAGUGCCUGUCCUCGGGUGAGCUGGGGAGCCUCAAGGAUCCCAACAUGGAUGCUCCUGCAGAUGCUGUGCUGCGUGUGGCUCAGCUCGCCCUCUCCUGCACCGGGGAGCGCACUGCAGGGCGCCCAAGCAUGGCACAAAUUGCCAAUGAGCUGCAGGCUAUCCGGGAUGAAGUGGUGGGGAAAGAGGAGCUGAGCGCUGCUGUCAAGGUGGAUUCUCAAGUUCAGGAGAUGAAGGAUGCUUUCGCGGGUAUCGAGAGCCUUGACGCAGAAAUCCAGAUGAUUGGGGACAGCUUUGCUGAGGAAAACCCGGUGUGA